AUGGCGCCCAUCAGAGUAGGAAUUGUAGGAUUAUCAAGCAAGCCGGGAGCGUGGGCGACGCUGGCGCAUCUGCCUCGCCUGGCGGCAUCGCCAAACUACCAGAUCGUGGCAUUGUGCAACUCGACAUUGGAAUCGACCAAGGCGGCCAUCAAGGCACAUAACCUGCCCGAAACGACCAAGGCUUACGACUCAUACGACAAACUGGCAGCCGAUCCGGACGUCGACCUCUACGUCGUCUCGACGCGAGCAGAUACUCACUAUGACGUGGCCAUGCCUGCAUUGAAGGCAGGACGCAAUGUCUUUGUGGAAUGGCCGCUGGCUGCAACUACAGCACAGGCCAAGGAGAUGGCCGAUUUGGCAAGACAAAAAAAUCUCAAGACCAUCAUCGGUCUCCAGGGCCGUCUGUCGCCCAGCGUGAGGAAAGUCAAGGAACUCGUCGACACGGGGGCUCUGGGUGAGAUUCAUAGUGUCAAUUACCACGGGGCCAUCCAUGUAUGGCAAAACAAUGCGGCGAGUGACCGAUAUCACUACUUCAUGGACCGCAGAAUCGGGGGUAACCUCCUGACCAUAUAUGGUGGUCACAUCCUCGACUCCAUCUUUUAUGCUGUCGGGGAGCUGCUGCCAGGCAGUUAUACCCCGUUGGCAGCCAACCUGAGACCCCGAAUGCAUAUCAUGAAAGCCGACGGGUCGCUGUCGGAGGAGCUUUAUGACAAAGACACCCCGGAUCAGAUCUUGCUUCAAGGUCGGCUGGAUAGGAACCCGCAAGCGGUGUUCAGCUUCCAUCUGAGAGCAGGGGACAGGUUCAUCGGCGGGCCUGGAUCCACGUGGCGGAUUUACGGAACAAAAGGCGAAUUGGUGGUUGAGUUCGCCAGUGCAGGUCCCCAGAUGGCGAAAGCGGCCAGUAUCCGAUUUUCGAAUGCUGAGAAGGGUGAAAUCGAAGAGAUCACCACUGAUGAGGGUGGUCCGGAAUGGACUGAUCUUCCAACCCAAGGUCAGAAUAUUGGACGUUUGUACGAGGCAUAUGCCCAAGGUCAGCCGUACGGUGACUUUGACCUGGCUGUCAAGAGGCAUGAGUUGAUUGAUGAGUUCUGGGCCACCAUGUCAUAG